CACACAAUCAGUUGAGCUCGCGAUGUGGAAAAGAAAAAGUCGGGCGUGGAAGUCAAGUUAAAAUAAAUUUUACUAGAAAGAAAAAAAAUUCAACUUGAAACUUAAUUUUUCUUUUACACAAGAAAAUCAAAUAGAAACCAAUUAUUUUAUUGAAAAUAUAUUUAAAUAAAUAUUUCGCCAAUAGGAAAAUAUGUGUUUGGUAGAGUGAAAAAUAAGUAUUAACAACAAAUAAAAGUUUUAGUGAAUGUGCAUAAAUAAUGUGUAUAAAUGAAUACACUAAACAAAAUCUAAAGAAAUAAUUUAUACAGCAUCCAAUUUAUGCCAAUAAUUAAAAUAAAUACAAAAAAAAGUGUUAAUAAGUGAGAGGUGGAGAAGAAAUAAAUAAUAACAAUUUACAAAGAUUUUUUUGAACUUUUUUGUGUUAAAAAGGCAAAAAAUUAAAGUAACAAAAAAUAGCAAAUCAAAAUGGCGCACCAGCAGCAACUUGCCUCGGUGAAUUGUUCAUUGGAUGAUAUCGAUUUAGCUGCUUUAAGGGAUCCUGCUGGUAUUUUUGAAUUAAUCGAAGUUGUUGGCAAUGGCACUUAUGGUCAAGUCUAUAAGGGUCGUCACACAAAAACUGGUCAAUUGGCUGCCAUAAAGGUGAUGGAUGUCACCGAAGACGAGGAGGAAGAAAUCAAAUUAGAAAUAAACGUUUUAAAAAAAUACUCAAAUCAUCGUAAUAUUGCCACAUAUUAUGGUGCUUUCAUUAAGAAAUCACCGCCCGGCAAAGACGACCAACUGUGGUUGGUCAUGGAAUAUUGUGGUGCCGGUUCGGUAACCGAUCUAGUUAAGUCAACAAAAGGACAAAGUCUCAAAGAAGAAUGGAUUGCAUACAUCUGCCGUGAAAUACUGCGCGGUCUCGCCUAUUUGCAUUCGAACAAAGUUAUACAUCGUGAUAUUAAAGGACAAAAUGUUUUACUCACCGAUAAUGCCGAAGUUAAGCUCGUAGAUUUCGGUGUCUCCGCACAAUUGGAUCGUACAAUAGGACGAAGGAAUACGUUCAUUGGCACCCCGUAUUGGAUGGCACCCGAGGUUAUAGCCUGCGAUGAGAAUCCCGAGGCCACCUACGACAAUCGUUCAGAUUUAUGGUCAUUGGGUAUAACGGCCUUGGAAAUGGCCGAAUCACAGCCACCGCUGUGUGAUCUGCAUCCCAUGAGAGCACUGUUCUUGAUACCACGUAAUUCACCGCCCCGCUUGAAAUCGAAUCGAAAGUGGUCGAAGAAAUUUCAGAGUUUUAUAGACACGGUACUUGUGAAAGAUUAUCAUCAGAGGCCUUAUACAGAACAGUUGCUAAAGCAUGCCUUCAUUAAGGAUCAGCCCACAGAUCGUCAAGUUCGCAUACAAUUGAAGGAUCACAUCGAUCGCUGUAAAAAACGCAAACAAGAAAAGGAACGCGAAGACUAUCGCUACUCGGGCUCGGAUAACGAUGAUGACGAACCACAAAUUGCUGGUGAACCAAGUUCAAUUAUACAAGCACCCGGUGAUACAUUGCGUCGUAAUUUCCAACAAAUUCAAGAGGGUCGUAUUGCGGCCGAACAACAACAGCAGCAACAGCAAAUGGCUGCGGUGGCGGCUGCUCAAGCGGCCGCUCAGGCUCAACAGCAGGCGCAGGCCCAGGCUCAACAACCACAGGCCAAUCGUAAUCAGAAACCACCAUCGCGUGAUCAACGUCAACAAAUUGAAGAGCCAGGACCACCAUCACGUCCUGCCCUACCACAACGUUUAAUUGUCGUACCAGAUCCUCCACAUGCCAAUCGACCAUUGCCCCCCACACCCAAAGCAUCCGAACCAACUGCCCAAACCCCGCAACAACAGCAACGUAAUUCACAAAACAAUUUCAAGCCAUCGUUACCACCAAGGAGACCUGAGGAUUUGGAUAUGAUAGCAGCACAAUUAAAUGAAUUGGGCGUCUCUCAACAGCCACAACCACAGACAGCAUCUUCAUCCUCUGGCGGUGGAGGCGGUGUUUCAUCAUCAUUUGGCCAACAACAACAAGCUCAACCGGAAGCACCACCACGCAGUAAUCGCCAAUCUGGACCACCGUCAUCUGCCUCGGGUUCGGGCAAACCGGCUGCCCCUCUACCCUCAUCAGCGGCUAAUAAUCAUCAUGUUGCUGUUUCGAAUCCUUUGGAUCCCUUGGAUAGCAGCGAUUCGGAUAGUGAGCCCGAUGAGCCAAACGAUCAUAGACGCAAUGAUGGCACGCUAUUGGCAAGUGAUCCACCAAAACCACUGCCUGGCCUGGUGCCAGUUUCAGAGGAUUCAACCACACCCAUGACACAUGGCAGCGGUGGACCACCAAAUCGUCCAUUGCCACCUACACCCGAUGAUGAUGAUCAGGCUGGUGAUCGUACUUUGAUUAUGAAAAGGAAACUCGAAAAUCAAAAUCGUUUACAAAAAUCUGCAUCGACAUCGUGUGCCAAUCGGCCCAAAGAUAAAUUACGCGAUGAGGCAUUAUUGCGGGAAUGGGAUAUUGAGAAAUUCUUUCCGAAAAAAGUGGGUGGUGGCGUAGACGGAAUGCCCACUGGGGUGGCCAGUCUAACAAGAGGUUUGAGUAACUCCAAUAGUAGUACCUUGAAAGCGGACUCCAAGUUGCAAAGAUGCAGUAUGGCAGAAAUGUCAACCAGACAAAAGCAACAGCAACAACAGCAGCAACAACAAACACAACAGACACCAAAAGGUUUUCAACCAUUGAAAACCACAAAUCAACAAACCAAAGAACAGCAACCACAGCGUGCUUCCGUGAUUGGAUCUAAUCUAAAUAACAAGUCAACAAAUGGAACUACCAACAACAUAAACAAUAAUAAUAAUAAUAGUAAUAAGUCUUCUAACAACAACUCCUCUUCUUCAUCAUCUACCACAUCCUCAUCAACGUCUUCCUCGCCUUCAUCGACUACUUCACCCAGUAGUAAUAAUGCCUUAACAAAAAGUGCCACCAAUGCCACACACAAACGGCAAGAGUCUGACUCAAAAUUGCCACAAAACUUUAUACGCGGUUUCCGUCGCGAAAAUUCGGAUUUCUUCCCUCUUACCAAGAGACACUCAGCCGUGCUGGUCAAUACAAGUCUGUUGCAGCAACAGCAGCAACAACAAUUACAGUCUUCCACAACGGCAGCACAAAAGCAGCCCUUCGGAUCGGCCUCACAGAGAGCCAGUUCCAUAAUACAGCGCAAUAGUAUUUUCAAAAAUGAUUUAAACAAACCAAAAGAUUCUGCCAACAACAAAUCAGUGCCAAAAACCGCCACCACCAACACGACAGCAACAACAGCUGCUGCUGCUCCUAACAAAACUAGCUGGACUAGUAAUUUAACUGGUAAAAAUUUAGAUUUCUUACGUCCACGUCGCGAAAAGACUGAAUCUGUUAUAGUUUUACACAAUUCUGCCGUCAGACAACAAUUAUUCGCCCAACAAUUGGUACAACAACAGCAGCAACAGUCGCAGCUACAACAGCAGCAGAAUCGUAAUACCGAAAAUCUUGGUACACCCGGUACCCGUACCAGCAGUGUUUUGCCCGAUUUGCUUAGUCAAGCCUCACCAGCAACACCACCACGUCACGACAAAUCAUCCAGUGAGGAGUAUCAAGCGGCCAUCAACUCAUCAGUGCAUUCCACACCCUCGAAAUCGUUUAUUGGCGGUGUUACGAACAAUUCACCCCAAUCGACAAUUUCGUUGAAUUCUUCGUCGUCAAGACAAAAUAGCCCAAAGAAUUCAAUAUCAAAGACACGUUCGUCUAGUAGUAUUACUAAUCUCUUACAUAAAUCUGCUUCUUCCUCUUCCAAUACAUCAUCGGCUGCUUUGCCCGUACCCCCCUAUGCGCUACAACAGAAGCAACGCAGUUUUCUUACAUUUGGUUUUGGUGCUGGCGGUUCGGGUCCCUCGAGACGUGAGUCACAUGUCAAUGUUAAUGUAACACCCACAUCGCACGAAGCGUCCAGUGAUACGCCCGAAAUACGCAAAUAUAAGAAACGUUUCAAUUCGGAGAUAUUGUGUGCCGCUUUGUGGGGUGUUAAUCUGUUGAUUGGUACCGAGAAUGGUUUAAUGUUGUUGGAUCGUUCGGGCCAAGGAAAGGUCUAUCAAUUAAUAUCACGUCGUCGCUUCCAGCAAAUGGAAGUUUUAGAAGGACAAAAUAUUUUAGUUACCAUAUCGGGUAAAAAGAAUCGUGUACGUGUGUACUAUUUAUCCUGGCUGAAAUCGAAAAUUUUAAGAACUGAUGGUCUAUCAGAUCAAGUUGAACGUCGCAAUGGUUGGAUAAAUGUUGGUGAUUUACAAGGUGCUGUACAUUUUAAAAUUGUUAAAUAUGAAAGGAUUAAGUUCCUAGUGAUUGCAUUAAAAGACUCUAUAGAAAUUUAUGCCUGGGCUCCCAAACCAUAUCAUAAAUUUAUGGCAUUUAAGAAUUUCGGUGAAUUGGAACAUCGUCCUCUGUUAGUUGAUCUAACCAUUGAAGAUCAAUCUAGACUGAAGGUUAUUUAUGGCUCUGCUGAAGGCUUCCAUGCCGUCGAUUUAGAUUCUGCAGAAGUAUACGAUAUUUAUCUUCCUAAGCAUACUCAGGGUGCAAUCAUUCCUCAUUGUAUUGUGGCUCUUCCAAAUUCAAACGGUAUGCAGUUAUUAUUAUGCUAUGACAACGAAGGUGUUUAUGUCAAUACAGUGGGACGUGUAUCUAAAAAUAUAGUGCUACAAUGGGGAGAAAUGCCAACAUCGGUAGCAUACAUAGGAACUGGACAAAUUAUGGGCUGGGGCAAUAAAGCAAUAGAGAUCCGUUCUGUUGAAACAGGCCAUUUGGAUGGUGUAUUCAUGCAUAAAAAAGCACAACGUUUGAAAUUUUUAUGCGAACGCAAUGACAAGGUAUUCUUCAGCAGUGCCAAAGGUGCUUCAUCGUGUCAAAUCUACUUCAUGACUCUCAAUAAACCGGGUAUGGCGAAUUGGUAACAAAUAUGGUCCAUAGAUCAAACUAUGAAAAAACAACAACAAUAACAGUAAUUUCAUAUUCGUAAGCAGUAAUUAGAAUGAAUGAAUUGAAUUCGCUAUUUAAACAACAACAAAAUAAUAAAAAUUGUGAAAAAGUUUUGUAAAGCUGAAAGUCUCCCAAAAACCAAGCUAACAAACACACAACACAUAAAUUACUGCUUCAUUUAUCUAUGGAUCGAGGCAAACUUAAGGAGAGACAGAAAAUGUUUUUUUUAUAUAUUACCCCCCCCCCAAAAAAAAGUAAAUUAUUUCUUUUCCUUUUUUUACAUAUGCAUAUAUAAUAUAAACGAGUAACAACAAAAAAAAACACAAUUUGAUGAUAAUGAUUUUUGAAAAUUUCAAAUCAUUUAAUUAUUUUAUAUCAAUUAUUAUAAUUUUUUUUUAGAAAUUAAAAAAAAAUCACCUAGUUUAAGAUUGAUGAAACAAAACAAAAAACACAGAAAUAAAAAACCAUUUAUAUUCAUUUAUAAACGUGAAAUGAAAGCAAAAAACAUAUGAAAAAUUAAAAAAGCAUAAUGAAAAUAUUCUAUUUAACAAAAAGAAAAAUAUAUUAGAUUUUGCAAUAUAUAUAUGAAAAGAAAAAAAACAAAAGAUAGCAAAGCAAGAAAGUAUAGAAAAACAACACAGCUCAUUUCGUUGAAAACAUACAAAAAGUUUUGAAUAAAUGAAAACAAAAGAAGUAUCUAUUAUACCCCAGAAUUAAAACCAGGUUUAUAAAACUAUAUAUAUAUAUAAAAUAAUAAUAAUGAUAAAAACAACAAAACAAACAA